AAAUCGUACUUCUAAUCUUACACUACCAUGCUUUAUGAGAUUCCAAUGAGCUGAUGAGUUAGCUGAUAAAUCAGGAGUUAAAUCAAAUGCUAAAAGACAGUAGCCUUUGGCAUACUGUUCACGAGAGAUUGCAUUUCCUUCAUUAAGAAAGUGAAUACCAGUCCCCGAGAAUAGAGUAUGACAGAUUGAUACCUGUUGCGAAGCAAUUUGAGAUAAGUUUGUUGAUUCAUAGAGUUACUAUCAGUUUCGUUUUGUGAAUAUUUAAUCGCAUUCUUUUGUGAGAGUCACAAAGCAGGUUGAUGUCAUUUGCGAAGGAACGUGAGAUAAGUUUGUUGACUCAUAGAGUUACAAUCAGUUUCAUUGUACUUAGGAAUUUGCUUUAGAUAAGAAUGGUGCUAUAUAUGAUCGAACAGUUGCAGUCAUGCAGUCAGUCUAUGGUCGUUGGACCACAGUGGAUUGUAUACAUCUACCAAUACUACGUUUGUGUUGUGUUUUGUGUCAUCAAUGAUCAUGGAGAAAUCAUUCAACUUCGAUGAAAAUACCUAUAAACUGUGUUACUACUCGCCACUCUCUCCUCAAAACGAAGAAGAGAGUGAUGACAUCAUCGUUAAUAACACAGACGAUGGCGGAAAAAGGAAAUUGCAGUCAAUUGAUCAAUUUUUUGAAGUGGCACCAAAAAUAAAAAGGAAGAAGCUGCUAUCGUCAACUGUGGCACGAGCCGCUAGAGAUGGUGUAUCAUACAUCUCUACAAAUUCUGAUGACGGAGACCAAGCGAUGCAUCUCAUAAAAAUUGAAAUGUAUGAUAUGAAGAAACUAUCCAAGAUUCCAACUAGUGAUCACUGGAAGCACGCUACCACGAGGAUUAAAUAUUACGUAAAGAAAAAUAAGGAUAGCAUCUAUGACAACACAAACGCCCUCGUAUACAAUAUUACAAAGACAAUAGCAGAAAGUGAAAAAGUGAAAAAAUACUUUUUUAACAAUGAUCAUUAGUAAAUGUGAUUAUGUUUUCUUAAAUUACUUCUAUGUACUCAUUAGAUUUUACAAAACUUUCCUAAUCUUAUGAUAGACUAUAAAUAUUGAACAUUUUUUUAAAUUGAGUAUCAGUUGCUCUACCAACACUUAACUGUUACUUACUGUGCUACAUACUUUCUUCUUUAUUAUAAAGAUGGAAAACUUUAGUGAAAUGUGCACCAGUGCUUUCUUUUCCGCACCCAUUGAAGAGAAUAUAGAACAAUUCAACAGCGAAUUCAAUCAGGAGCUGCAUAAAGUUUGUGAUGAAAUGGAGAAGCGUGAACUGUUCGAUUCAUCAUAUGAUGAUGAGUUGUAUAAUCAAUGUUUGAUGGUUGAAACAACGUUAAUUCAACAACAAGUUGGAAGAGGUAUCAAACGAGGUAUCACUACAGAUGAAAAUAAGGUUACCAAGAAAGCAAAAUUUGAUGAGGGAGCUUCUACAUCAUCAAUUGAAACCAAUGACGUGGACAACAAUAAGGUGGAAUGUGAUACAUGUCAUGUUUAUAUUAAUAAAAGGUAUCUAAACAAUCAUUUAAAAAGUAAUACACAUAAAAAUAAUCUUUUAAAAUCACAUAAUUCAUUAACAAAUGUAACAGUUGUUGAAACCGCUUUUGGUAAUCGAAUUUUAACAUACAGAAUUAAUAGUAAAACACUUCAAUCGGUGCAAUAUUUUGAAACACCAGAAUCGUUUUUAAAUUCACUAAAAAUCGAUAUCUUAUUUUUGAUAAAUGAAUGUAUUCAACAACAUACAAUUUUAAAAAUAAACUUCAUAUUGCAUGCUGAUUUCAUACAACAAACUAAAGAUAUUAAAAAUACGUUUGAUUUUCAAACGUUUAAUUACAUCAUUUGUCAGGGAGAUGACUUAAAUAUUUUUUAUUCAUCAUUAAUAGACACUGUAGUCGGUAAAAUUUGUCAAUUUGAAAAAAAAGAUAGUGGUUGGAGUCUUAAUCAAAUUAAAUACAUAGAUAUGAAUGUUAACAAAUUCAACCCCCUACGUGGUAGUUCAUAUAUCGACCUUCCUCAAGAUAUUAAAUCAAAAAAAGCUGUAAUCAAUGUUAAAAAUAAUGAUAAUAUGUGUUUCAAAUGGGCAUUACUCUCUGGUUUAUAUCCUGUAUGUAAAAGUGUAGAUCGGGUAGCAUCUUACGCAAUUCAUGGAAAUAAACUAAAAUUUACUGGUAUUUCUUUUCCGGUUAAAAUUGCAGAUAUAUCAAAAGUAGAGAAAUUAAACAAUAUUAGUAUUAAUGUUUUUGGCUUAGAAUAUAAUAAAGAAAAAAAGUGUAAUUCUGUUGUAGGUCCUUUAUAUUUAACAAAAUGUCGUACACCUAAUCAUAUUAACCUACUAUAUAUAUCGAAUGGUACUAACAACCAUUACUGUUAUAUUAAAAACUUAUCGCGAUUAGUUAGUUCACAAAUAUCAAGUCAUCAUCAUGCAGUUUAUAUAUGUGAUUCAUGUUUACUUCAUUUCCCAUCAGAGGAAAGACUUAAUAACCAUCAACAAUAUGAUUGCGCUCACAUUUGUACGGAAUUACCAAACGGCUCAAAUAAUAAAUUAAAAUUUGAUAAAUUCGCGAAAAAGUUGGAAAUGCCCUUUGUGGUUUAUGCAGACUUUGAGGCAUUUUUGAACCCGAUAGAAUCAUGUAGUAACGAUCCAUCCAAGCCUAGUACAAUUAAUAUUCAAAAACAUGAAGUGUAUAGUUUUGGAUAUUACAUUAAAUGUUCAUAUGAUAACAGAUUAUCAAAAUAUGAGACGUAUAGUGGGCCAAACUGUGCACAAGUGUUUAUGAAUCGCCUUUGUGAAGAUGUGAAAACAAUAGUUAAAAAAAAUAGUUUCCAAAAAUGUCCCGUUCCAUUAUCAGAUGAAGAUAAAAUUAAAAUUUCAAAUUCAAGCAUGUGUCAUAUUUGUGAAACUGAGUUAAAUGGAGAUCCUUUUAACGAUUUUGAUUGUUUAGAUCAACUAGCUAAAAAUCUUAAUGAUGAUCAGUUUACAGAACUAAAAAGGAACUAUCCUAAUAAUGAAGAUUUUUCACUUUUAAGACGGAAAGCUGGUAUUAGAGGGGGUGUAUCUCAGUGUAGCAAUCGUUUUGCUAGAGCAAAUAAUAAAUUCAUGGAGGAUUAUGAUAGUGAAAAACCUAAUUCAUAUCUAACAUAUUUUGAUGCGAAUAAUUUAUAUGGUUGGGCAAUGUUUCAAUCUCUUCCUGUUGGUGGUUUCGAAUGGAUAGAUUCUAAUACAGAUUAUAAUGUACCGGAUAACUCUGAUUUCGGUUAUGUUUUAGAAGUUGAUUUGGAAUAUCCUGAUGAACUUCAUAAUUUGCAUUCUGACUUUCCGUUAUGUCCUGAAAACAUAUGUAACAUUUAG